AUGCCCAGUGUGGAUGGACAAGGGUCAACAGACAAGGAUGGAAGUCCCAAGAGACAAGAGGAAAGGAUAAUCUCCUUAUUUGAAGAUUUCACUAAAUGUUGCAAGGACUCUGGAAUCCUUAUGGUAGUAAAAUGCCGCAAAGAAAAUUCUGCAUUGAAAGAAUGUCUAACUGCUUACUAUAAUGAUCCAGCCUUUUAUGAAGAAUGCAAAAUGGAAUACCUGAAGGAAAGGGAAGAAUUCAGAAAAACUGGAAUUCCUACCAAGAAAAGGCUGCAGAAGCUUCCCACAAGCAUGUAGGCAAAUAUUCAAAUGAUACUCAGUAAUGCCAAUGUUCAUGGAAAUCACAGUCACCUGAAAUGAUGGACUCAAAGAAGUGUUUGCUUUAUCCUUAA